CAGUGGAUGAUGCUGCCGAGGAGGCGGCGGCGGCGGCGCGCUCUGGCGGUCUGAAGCGGCGUCCGGCUGCCACGGGCCGGCGGCGCGAUGAGCUGGGCGACCGCCCCCGGCUCGGGGCUGUGAGGGGCUCGGAGCCGGGGGUGGGUGGUGGCGGCGCGGCGGGAAGCCAAAGCUCCUCCGCGGCGGCGGCGGCGGCCAUGCGCGGGACGGCGCGAUCGGGGCCGCGGGGCCGGGGCCGCCUCCCCGGGACCCGCGGCCUGAGGGCCCCGCCGCCGCCGCUGCUGCUCCUGUUCGCGGUCCUGCCGCUGCUACCCGCGCCCGGCGCCGCCGCCGCCCCGGCCCCGCGGCCUCCUGCGCUGUCGCCGGCGGCCGCCGGGCCCAGCGUGAGCCUCUACCUGAGCGAGGACGAGGUGCGCCGGCUCAUUGGUCUUGAUGCAGAACUUUAUUAUGUGAGAAAUGACCUUAUUAGUCACUACGCCUUAUCCUUUAACCUGUUAGUACCCAGUGAGACAAAUUUCCUGCACUUCACUUGGCAUGCAAAGUCCAAGGUUGAAUAUAAGCUGGGAUUCCAAGUAGACAAUUUUGUGGCUAUGGACAUGCCCCAGGUCAACAUUUCUGCUCAGGGGGAAGUUCCACGCACUUUAUCAGUGUUUCGGGUCGAGCUUUCCUGUACUGGCAAAGUAGAUUCUGAGGUUAUGAUACUAAUGCAGCUCAACUUGACAGUAAAUUCUUCAAAAAACUUUACAGUCUUAAAUUUUAAACGAAGGAAAAUGUGCUACAAAAAACUUGAAGAAGUAAAAACUUCAGCCCUGGACAAAAACACUAGCAGAACUAUUUAUGAUCCUGUACAUGCAGCUCCAACCACUUCUACACGUGUGUUUUAUAUCAGCGUGGGGGUUUGCUGUGCAGUAAUAUUUCUUGUAGCAAUAAUAUUAGCUGUUUUGCACCUUCAUAGUAUGAAAAGAAUUGAACUGGAUGACAGCAUCAGUGCCAGCAGUAGUUCCCAAGGGCUGUCUCAGCCAUCUACCCAGACGACUCAAUAUCUGAGAGCUGACACACCCAACAAUGCAACUCCUAUCACCAGUUAUCCUACCUUGCGGAUAGAGAAGAACGACCUGAGAAGUGUCACUCUUUUGGAGGCCAAAGCUAAGGUGAAGGAUAUAGCAAUAUCCAGGGAGAGGAUAACUUUAAAAGAUGUACUCCAAGAAGGUACUUUUGGGCGUAUUUUCCAUGGGAUUUUAGUAGAUGAAAAAGAUCCAAAUAAAGAAAAACAAGCAUUUGUAAAAACAGUUAAAGAUCAAGCUUCUGAAAUUCAGGUGACAAUGAUGCUCACUGAAAGUUGUAAGCUACGAGGUCUUCAUCACAGAAAUCUUCUUCCUAUUACGCAUGUGUGUAUAGAAGAAGGAGAAAAGCCCAUGGUGAUACUGCCUUACAUGAAUUGGGGGAAUCUUAAGUUGUUUUUACGGCAGUGCAAAUUAGUAGAGGCCAAUAAUCCUCAGGCAAUUUCUCAACAAGACCUCGUACACAUGGCCAUUCAGAUUGCCUGUGGAAUGAGCUAUCUGGCCAGAAGGGAAGUCAUCCACAAAGACCUGGCUGCUAGGAACUGUGUGAUUGAUGACACACUUCAAGUUAAGAUCACAGACAAUGCCCUCUCCAGAGACUUGUUCCCCAUGGACUAUCACUGUCUGGGGGACAAUGAAAACAGGCCAGUUCGGUGGAUGGCUCUGGAAAGUCUGGUCAAUAAUGAGUUCUCCAGUGCUAGUGAUGUGUGGGCCUUUGGAGUGACGCUGUGGGAGCUCAUGACUCUGGGACAGACACCGUAUGUGGACAUUGAUCCUUUUGAGAUGGCUGCGUACUUGAAAGAUGGCUACCGAAUAGCCCAACCAAUCAACUGUCCUGAUGAGCUAUUUGCUGUGAUGGCCUGUUGCUGGGCCUUAGACCCAGAGGAGAGGCCCAAGUUCCAGCAGCUGGUACAGUGUCUCACGGAGUUCCAUGCAGCCCUGGGGGCUUAUGUCUGACUCGCUUCUCACAGUCCCACAGCAUCAGGAGCACUGUGCCUGUCGGGGCUCACUUGGAACCAGUCAUAGAUGCUUCGUACAUCAUACAACACCAGCAGAAGCACAUGUCUUCCGGAACACCGUGCCUUAGGAAUGCUUUAGAAUCUGAACUUUUAAAGACAGACGUAAUAAUGUGGAAUAUUUUCUAGAUAUCAUUUUUAUUAGGUUGAACUGAAAAGCCUUUUGUAAAUUUUUUGGCCCCAAAUUUUUUAAAACAUAGUUACUUUGGACUAGGGGUACAUUCUUACAAAAUAAAUAAACAGUUUUAAAAAUUGUUUAAACACA